ACAGACGAGACGUGAAAUGGAGAAACCGUUCAGAGCAAGGUGGCACAGCGCACAACAUUGAAAAACCGAACACCACACACAGAACCCACCACCGCUUUUGUUUUCUCAAUGCAAAAACAUGAUCAUCACCCCAAGAGUCCGAGAGCGAAAAAGUUUGAACCUUGCUGGUGAAAUCAGAAUGUUGCAGCAGAAACGUAGUAGUAGUAGCAGGAAUGUGAAUGUUCCAUUGGGCAUGUUGAAGAGGUUCAUCGCUGUAACCGUUUGUUCAAUGGUUGUCACCUCUCUCUUCGUUGUUCAUGUUCAUGUUUCCCCUUCUCCUACUUACUAUCACACCUUCAACAUUCCCACGUUACGUGACCUGCAAAGCUGGACUCGAGAGCUUGCUCCUCCUCAUUUACCAUUGGCUCCAAUUUCUGCUCCCAAGUUGAAUGAUUCAAGACGAGACUCUGAGUAUGAGAAACUGUGGAAGCCUCCACCAAAUCGUGGGUUUCUACCCUGUACAAAGCCUUCUCCUAAUUACACAUCUCCUACAGAGUCUAGAGGUUACCUUCUAGUGAAUACAAAUGGUGGGCUCAAUCAAAUGCGCACUGGGAUAUGUGAUAUGGUAGCUAUAGCUCGCAUCAUAAAUGCUACUCUUGUAAUUCCAGCACUUGAUAAAAAUUCAUUUUGGCAUGAUACUAGCAAUUUCUCUGAUAUUUUUGAUGAAGAGUGGUUUAUUAGUUCUCUAGCUAAUGAUGUAAAAAUCAUUAAGAAGCUUCCCAAGAAACUGCUUAAGGCAACCAGAACGGUCAAGCAAUUCAAAAGCUGGUCUGGUAUGGAUUACUAUAAGAAUGAGAUUGCUGCCAUUUGGAAUCACUACAAAGUUAUUCACGCUUCCAAAUCUGAUUCUCGGUUGGCAAAUAACAAUCUACCUCCAGAUAUUCAGAAGCUUCGUUGCCGCACUUGUUAUGAAGCCCUUCGUUUCUCUCCUCGCAUUGAACAAAUGGGAAAAAUGUUGGUUGAGAGGAUGAGGUCAUUUGGUCGUUACAUUGCGUUGCAUUUACGUUACGAGAAGGACAUGCUUGCAUUUAGUGGUUGCACACAUGAUUUAUCUACAGAAGAGGCUGAAGAGCUAAGGAUUAUAAGAGAGAAUACUUCUUAUUGGAAAAGAAAAUUUAUUGAUCCCAUAGAAGAAAGGUCCAAAGGGUUUUGUCCCUUAACUCCAAAGGAAGUUGGAAUUUUUCUCACUGCUCUUGGAUAUCCGUCAAAGACUCCAAUAUAUAUCGCUGCUGGGGAGAUAUAUGGGGGCGAAUCCCAUAUGAAGGAACUGCGAUCUCGCUAUCCAUUGAUAUUGAGCAAGGAAAACUUGGCAUCCAUUGAGGAGCUUGAACCUUUUUCUAAGCAUGCAUCUCAAAUGGCUGCUCUUGACUAUAUUGUAUCUGUCGAGAGUGAUGUCUUUGUGCAUUCUUACCCUGGAAACAUGGCACGGGCCGUUGAAGGCCAUCGUCGUUAUCUCGGGAGGGGAAGAACAAUAUCUCCAGACAGGAAAACCCUUGUUCGCCUAUUUGAUAAACUGGCAGUUGGAUCAAUGACUGAGGGGAAAAAACUGUCUGAUAAAAUUAAUGAUCUCCAUAGAACACGGCUUGGGUUGUUGAGGAAGAGAAAAGGGCCCAUUUCAGGAACAAGGGGUUUGGAGAGGUUUCGGUCAGAAGAAACAUUUUAUGCAAAUCCUUUACCUGAUUGUUUAUGUCGGACAGAAACACCACCUAUAAACGCUUCUCAUGUUACAUAAACACAUGCAUCAUCCUUUUGCCAAUGUUUUAAAAGGCAUGGUGGCAAACUGUAUAUAUCGACAAGGAAGAAAAAUGAAAUGCAAUAGAAAAGGAGAAAGAGAGUGAGCUAAGUUAGUCCACCAAAAGUUACACUUGUCACAUUAGUCUUCUAUAACUUUUGGUCACCAAUUUAGUCCCUGGAAAAUUUCACAUAUGACACUUGAGCCAUUUUAUCACCAGGUUAUUCCUUCAAAUAUCUAAAAUAUCACUAUAUUAUGAUUGUGAAAAAUGAGUUUCAUGGUAACAUUAGAAUUUUUCAGGGAUUAAUUUGGUGAUCAGAUUUUUUAUAAGGAUUAAUGUGGUGACACAGCUUUGAAGGACUAAUUUUAGGAUUUAUUAGAAGAAACGCUGGAUUAUUUAUGUACAUAGUAAGUGAGCGGGAUUCAAUCAUCACUGAGUGAACGUUACACAUUUAUAUAGAUCUUAGACAACAUAAAAUAGAUCUUUUGGAUUGGGCCAGGAGCAUUCACACAUGUUAUUGUUUUUUUUUUUCUGUUUGUAAAUUACAUUAUCAGAACUCACUUUUUGAUGAAUCCUAUCCUAUGACAUACACAGCUCUUCACUUCCUUGUUUUUUCCAGAAACAAUGGUUAUUUCUUAAAAAGAUAGACCUUUUGUUUUUGGUCAAUGGAUUGUUCAUACAUGGGUUUCUCAAUGAUAAAAUGAGCCGCUUCAAAUA